ACUAUAAAAACAUUUGGGCGGCUCAUCAGUUGAACGCAGAGGUUUGUGGUAUAUUGACUGCAGUGCAGGAGCACUUAUCACUGCAGAGCACUGAUUAAAACAUCAUGCAGUUUGCCUGCAUCACUUUUUUUCUCUUCACUUCUACCUUGACUUUAGGAUGGGCAAGAAGUGUAGACCUUCAGCUCACAGAACCACAAACACCCAGCCUUUCCAUGAUGAACAUGUGCACCGAUUGCAAGAAGAUUGUACAGUUGUUGACAGAAAUCCUCUCCAAUCAAGACUCACAGCAUCUCAUUGAAAAAGCCCUGGACAAGUUUUGUUAUGAACACCCCGUCAUCCCUUUGUGUAUGGAUGGAGCAAAGACAUACGUACAUGUGAUCAUCAGACAUUUCAGUGCAUUUGCAAAUCAAAAUGGUGACAUAUGCACAGUGUUGAGACUGUGUGGCAGCCAGUCUAAGAGAAAAGCACCAUCAGAGCUCACCGUUGGCCUGAAUGAGCAUGGUUUGCUCUAUGCAAAACCCUCAAGAGGAACUAGUCAAGAGUCAGCGCUAAAUGUAUCAGACUGUGAGUCCUGUAAGAUACUUGCAGUCCUCUCCCGGUUUCAUUUGGGUCACAAUGCCACUGAGAUCCAGACCUCUGACCUGCUCCAGAAGAUGUGCCACCUCCACCCUAAUGCUAUUCCUCGAUGUGAAGGGUUCGUGAAGCUGCAUGGCCACAGGCUCCUGAAGAGCGAUGGGAAACAACCAGCCCUUACUGCAUGUGAGGAAGAUUACCUUUGCAAGGGACCCAAAUGAAAGUGAUCGUUCGAGCAAGACUCAAAGAUCAGAAAAGCAACAACUUUUUACUGUACUUAACCAAGCUUUUUCUAUCCACUCCCCUUGCCACACAUAAAAUCAAGUGAAAUUUGAGACAUACAGUAAAUGUGGAGACAAUGACUGUUCAAUCAGUUUCAAAUAA